CCCUUGGCUUCCCUUUGAAACAAAAAUCUUCUCCUCCUCCUCCUCUGAAUACGUCGCCAUGCGAUCUUGAGAAGCUCUUCUACAAUGCCGGCAAUCCCUCAUCGCCCUCUGCAAACCCUCCUCCAUUCCAACCUCCUCAUGGCCCUCUCCAAGAACCAACUUUUGUUCAAAUGCCCAGCGGGAACAACCAUUCCCACCUAUACCUUCCGCCUCCUUCGCCGUAUCUCUUUCGCCCCUCAUCCAGACCAGUGUCUCAUUAAGAAUCCAAGAAACUCUUCUUCUAAAGCUCUGUUCUUUGCUAUGAAAUCGUCCAGGGUUCAGUCUCCUGGCCCUCUAGUGCCUUCAAGAAUCGUUCAUGUGGCUUCAGUGGAAGAAGACACGUCCUUCGCCAAGCGCGUGGCUAUGAUGAAGUUGAAGCUUGAGCAGGCUGAGAUUCGGUGCGCUUCCUUCGAGCCCGGACAGUACUCUAGCAUGAUAUGUCCCAAGUGUGAAGGAGGGACUUCAAAAGAGAGGAGCUUCUCUCUUUUCAUUCGUGAAGAUUGGGGACUGGCCAUGUGGUCAUGCUUCAGGGCCAAAUGUGGAUGGAGUGGUUCUAUUGAGGCCUCUGGAAAGAACAAGGACAACCGAGCUGGUCCUAGUCAAUCCUCCAAAGUGAAGGAGCAUAGAGUAAUAACUGAGGCAGAUCUUCUUCUAGAGCCGUUGUCUAAUGAGCUUGUUGAAUACUUCUCUGCAAGAAAGAUAUCAGCAGAAACUCUUCGAAGGAAUGCAGUUAUGCAGCGCAGAGCACAUGGACAGGUUGUAAUAGCUUUUACAUACAGACGCAAUGGAGCUCUUGUCAGUUGCAAAUACAGGGAUGUUAACAAAAACUUUUGGCAGGAAAGAGGCACUGAAAAAAUAUUUUAUGGUGUUGAUGAUGUAAAACGAGCAAGUGACAUCAUCAUUGUUGAGGGUGAAAUUGAUAAGCUUUCCAUGGAGGAGGCUGGAUACCUCAAUUGUGUCAGUGUUCCAGAUGGCGCACCUUCUCAAGUUGCAAAAGAGAUACCCAAUGAAGGACAGGAUAAUAAGUUCCGAUAUUUAUGGAACUGUAAACAGUAUCUAGAUCAGGCAUCUCGCAUUAUCCUAGCCACAGAUGGUGACCGCCCUGGGCAGGCCUUAGCUGAAGAACUUGCACGACGCCUUGGUAAAGAAAGAUGCUGGAGAGUUCAGUGGCCUAUGAAAAACGCUAAUGAAGUGUGCAAAGAUGCAAAUGAGGUACUAAUGCACCUUGGACCAGAUGCUUUGAAAGAAGUUAUCGCUAAGGCUGAAUUGUAUCCCAUACGUGGCCUAUUUACCUUCAGUGAUUUCUUCAAUGACAUCGAUACAUAUUAUAGCGGUAAUCUUGAUCAUGACCAUGUUGUGUCUACAGGCUGGAGUGGUGUAGAUGAAUUUUAUAAGGUUAUUCCAGGAGAGCUUACUGUAGUAACUGGUGUGCCCAAUUCUGGAAAAAGUGAAUGGAUUGAUGCCUUGCUUUGCAAUAUUAACAGAAAUGAAGGGUGGAAGUUUGUACUCUGCUCUAUGGAAAACAAGGUCCGGGAACAUGCAAGGAAGCUUUUGGAAAAGCACAUCAAGAAACCAUUCUUGAAUUCUAGGUAUGCAGAGUCGGCUGAGCGAAUGACUGUUGAGGAGCUAGAGAAAGGGAAGGAGUGGCUGAAUGAUACCUUUCAUCUUAUCCGAUGUGAUGAUGAUUGCCUUCCAUCUAUUCAAUGGGUUUUAACACUAGCAAAAGCUGCAGUUAUGAGAUAUGGGGUGCGCGGACUUGUCAUUGAUCCAUAUAAUGAACUGGAUCAUCAACGGCCCACAAAUCAGACAGAAACAGAAUACGUAAGUCAGAUGCUCACCAAAAUCAAGCGCUUUGCUCAUCAUCAUUCAUGUCAUGUGUGGUUUGUUGCCCACCCCAAACAGCUACAACAUUGGGGUGGUGGUCCCCCUAAUAUGUAUGAUAUUAGUGGAAGUGCACAUUUCAUUAACAAAUGUGAUAACGGGAUUGUUAUUCAUCGCAACAGGGAUGAAAAAGUUGGGCCUAUUGAUCGUGUACAGGUUCACGUACGUAAGGUACGAAACAAGGUUGCUGGUGGGAUAGGAGAUGCGUUCUUGUCAUAUGACCGGGUCACUGGAGAAUUUUUAGACGUUAAAGAAGAGUAGUAGCUAACAGUCAUUAAACUGAUUGAAUGACUUUGAAAUGAAGUCUUUGCAGACACGGCUUCUCAAAUGCAGCAAAGCACACCAAAUCUGAAUGAAAGGUGGAACCAUUGAAUCUUUAAAGAAAUGAGAUCAUGGUGUACAUGGUUUAGUAUUUCUUCUCUUACAUGAUUCAAAGGAAAAAAUCACAGUUCAAGUUGUUAACGUCCUUGAAAAUUGAUUACCAUAGUCUAAACCUUUGUUCUCAAGUAUCAUGAAGAUGAAAGUCCAGCUUUAGUUUUUGAAA